CAGCUGUCCGAUCAGACUCGAAAGUAAAAACUAUCCGUUGGCAACCCAGAAAACCAACGGUCCAAUACCAAUUCUUGGCUUCUAAUAUCCAUCACCACCUCGAGGAACAUGGCUUCCCCACUGAUCUACUCCCCCUCCUCUCGCCCUUCUCCUCUCGCCUUCCCCGUCUCCACCAAGAAGAGCUCGGCGGCUUCCCUCGACGGCCCGAAGGCGUGGGGACUCCUCUGUGGGACAAGAAGAAGAGUCGCGGUGAUUGUUAACGGCAGCAAUGAUGAGAAGAAGGGGAAGGGAGGGGAGGAUGACCGGCCCUCCUUCAACCCCUUUGGCUUUGUCACCGACAAUCCCUCAAGCCGUAGCGCGAUCCAGCUCCCAGAAUCCCCUGCCGAGGAUGGCAACGUCGGCCAGAUGCUCUAUAGGAUAGAAGACAAAGGUAAGGAGUAUGGCUCUUAUGUCAAAUCUGGAAAAUUUCGUUGGUUUGUGAGAGAAACAGGAUCCUCUGAUAAUCCGCGUGGAACAGUUGUGUUUAUUCAUGGGGCUCCUACUCAAUCAUAUAGUUAUCGAGUAGUUAUAUCUCAGAUGGCAGAUGCAGGCUACCAUUGCUUUGCUCCUGAUUGGAUAGGAUUUGGGUUUAGUGAUAAACCCCAACCAGGAUAUGGAUUUUUAUAUACAGAAGAAGAAUUCCAUGCAGCAUUUGACAGGCUUCUUGCCACGCUUGAUAUCAACUCUCCAUUUUUCUUAGUGGUUCAGGGAUUUCUUGUAGGUUCAUAUGGAUUGACUUGGGCUUUGAAGAACUCAAACAAGAUUACCAAACUGGCUGUUUUAAACAGCCCGUUGACUGUUUCUUCUCCAUUACCUGGAUUGUUUCAAAAACUAAGGUUCCCACUUUAUGGCGAAUUUACAUGUCAAAAUGCUGUUAUGGCUGAGCGUUUUAUUGAAGCAGGUAGCCCAUAUGUUUUGAAGUUAGAGAAGGCUGAUGUAUAUCGAUUGCCAUACCUAGAAAGUGGUGGACCUGGAUUUGCAUUGCUCGAAGCAGCAAGGAAAGCAAACUUUAAAGAUAUUUUAAGUCGAAUAGCAGGUGGAUUUUCAUCUACAAGUUGGGAUGAACCAAUAUUGCUUGCAUGGGGAAUAGCAGAUAAGUAUUUGCCUCUGUCUGAAGCUGAAGAGUUUCAGAAGAGAAACCCUGGUGUUGUCAAACUUAAGCCAAUAGAAGGAGCUGGUCAUAUGCCACAAGAGGACUGGCCAGAGAAGAUAGUUGAAGCUCUAAGAACAUUUUUCUGGACAAAAUAUUGAAGGGCUUAAACUCUGAUUUUGUGGCUGAUCUGGAGCUGGUCUUAUGGAUGGAUUACAGUGCAAAACAACAGAAAUUAGAUAAUUGAGCUAGCAACUUCAACUUUACGAACUAAAAAAAUUGACCACAUUUAAUGGUAAUGGUUCCAAGUUAACUUAAUGUAGUUGAAUAUAAGUUCCUUAUUUAUGGGUUGAAUUAUGUUGCAAUUUAUUUUUUGUGUUCAUUGGUACUAAUUAGAUGGAAUUACACUAUAGAUGGAUACAGAAAGUGUAUACGUUGAUAACUAUCUUCAGCACACCAACCAGUAUUUAUAGAUAGAGGAAGCAAUGUGGCCAGUUAUGUAUCGCUCGACAAAACUCUUUAUGUCCGAUGAUCAGAUAGAUAGGCCAAGUAUUAUGCUAUGUGAUGUCUUUCAAACCUCUAUAUGCAAGUAUUAUGCUAAUUCUUUGUGCUAUCGAGCUUGGCAAAAUCUUCAAAUUUCAUUGUUAUACAUUUGUGCAAGUUGAUGAUUUGGAACACACUGUCAUUGAGGAUUCUUCCAAUGAACAAUAAUAUGAUGAUGAGGUUGAAGGAUUACCAGAGUACUAGACCAAAA